GAAUAAUUGAAUGAUCGCCAGACACAAUUCGAACGUCACAGCAAAUAGCAGCCUUCGCAACUGCAGAAAAUAGCAUUUUAAUACACGAAUAACACAAAGAAAUAAACAUAUUCGAAAUGAAUUUCAACAAAGUAUUGGUUCUCCUCGCUGUCAUCUUUGCCGUUUUCGCUGGACAAACCGAGGCAGGUUGGCUGAAGAAGAUUGGCAAGAAAAUUGAGCGCGUCGGCCAACAUACACGAGAUGCCACAAUCCAGACCAUCGGUGUGGCCCAACAGGCUGCCAAUGNUUUGUAG